CUUUGGUCCAGCCCAUGAACAACCAACAAAUUGAAGAGGCCCAUUUUAUUAGGCCCAGCCCAGUUAAGACUUGAAAGCAGCAAAGUACAAGUACAACUGAACACUGUCAACAGAAGCAGACCGCUCAAUUCAAAGCUUCCCGCGGCGUUUCCGCAGAGUACGAACUCGCCGUACGACCUCCAGCCAAUGAAAUUCACGGCAUCGCCGCUGCUCUUCUGCCACCCAGUGCUGCGGUGGAGGGCUCCCAUUGGCUCUCUCCACCUGUAUAUUCAACGCUAUUCACUUCCUCAGCCGUAGCUGCAUUUUCGCAAGAAUCAUGGCCGGCUCACCUCCAUUUCCCAGACGGUUUUUCAAGCCUUUGAUUCCCGGCUUCGAAUACGCAAUCUCAAUUCCGGCGAGUUUUUCUCAGAAUCUUAACGAAAGGAACGCGAAGAAAGCGGUUAUUGAAAGCUGCCAGGGAUCAUGGGAAGUUGGAGUUGCUAGGACUGGGGAGGGAACCCUCUAUUUUGAAGGCGGUUGGGAAGAGUUUGUGAAGGAUCACAACCUGAAAGUCGGAGAAUUUCUUGUGUUCAAACACCUAGGCCGCAUGGUUUUUCAUGUCAACGUGUAUGAGCCACUCGGUUGCGAGAAAGUGUUUCCUCCUCCUCCUCCUCCUGCCGCUGCACCAUCAACCUCGAGUCCUCUGUUCUUCCUCAAAAGCAUUUCGGAAACUCAUUCUCUGCCCAGCAAGUGCUAUGUGACUAUUCCGUCGGGAUUUGUGAAAGCCCAUGGCCUUGGUGACAGAAAGAAAAUGAUCCUCAAAGUUCCGUUUGUUCAAGGAAAAUGGCCGGUGGAACUUGGAACUUGGCAAGGCGGAAAGAGAGGUGCAGCCAUUAGUCUUCGCACCGCAAUAAGAACGAGGGGAUGGUACAAGUUUUACGAGGACAAUGGGCUCAAGAUUGGAGAUUGCUGCAAGUUUGUGCUGAAGGAGGUGCCGGAUUCAAAAUCGAAGCCUGUGAGAAUGGAGGUCGACAUAAAACGCAUGGUCCUGGGAUCAUCCAAGGCAGUUGUUAACUUCGAGUGAUUUGGAGAAAUAUGACUUAUGUACUCACUUAUAACAUAGCUUAGGAUUUAAGCAAAAUAUUUAUCACAAGUACAUUGGCCUUGAAUUUUUUUCAGAACGGUUAGAAAUAGC